AUGAGGUGAAUUGUUGUCAGCCUCUUCUCUGCACAUGAGGUUGAGGGGAAAAUGGCGGAAAAGUAUGAAGGAUCGUUUGUAUCAAAGAGAGCCUUGGACGGGGAAAGAGAUACAAAAAGGUUUUAUCUGGAGCAAGAACUAGAAAAGGCAAGAAUAAAAUAUGAAAAUGAAAAGAAAUUGAAAGAGUUACAAGAACAACGGGGUGAAACAACUUGGAUGCUACCAUCUUUAAACAAAAGACUCAAACAAGAGAAAGAAAAGAUUGAGAAAAAGAAAAAGAAGAAACACGAUAAAAAGUCAAAGAAACACAAAAAGGAAAAAAAGCACAAGAAAAAACAUUCAAAAAGAGAUGAUUCUUCAGCUGAUUCUGAUGGGUCCUCUAAUGAUGAUUGGGUGGAAAAGCCUUCAGACUUGAAUGAUGAUAAAAACCAACAAAAAGUGACAAAUUGCAAUGAAAUGACAGAAAAGACUGAGGUUGUGUUGAACAGUGAAGAUCAGUUAGCAGCCACUUCACAGAGAGAAGAUUGGAUGAUGGCUAAUUCAUUUCUAGAUGUGGUGGCAAAAAGGUCAGAAUCGAUUGCAGAAAAACGUGCGAGGCGAAAAGAAGAAAAGAGAGAAUUCAUGAAACCAGUAACUUACGAGCCUGGCCAACAUCCAAACGAAUUGAAUCCAUAUUGGAGAGAUGGUGGUUCUGGUGUCCCUAACUUACCAAGCAAAGACGAGACCAGCCAACUAAAAACAGAAAGAGCAACCUUUGGAGGCUUGGAUUGGGUCAAGAGGGCCUAUCAACGCGCUAAGGAACAAGCAGAGGAGCAAGGAAGGAAUCUGGAGGAAGUGGUUUCUGAGCGAUUUGGUUCUAUGGAAAGGCUGAAUUCCUUACUUCAAGCUGGUAAAAGGAAAGAGAGAAGAUCAGAUGAUGGUGCGCGACGAGGCUGGAAAAAGAAGGAUUCGGCGAAAGGUGACAUUGAAAAAAGUUCCGAGAGGUCGAACACUAAAGAACGCAGCAAUGAGCUUUCUUCUGGAUGGAGACGACAUGUGGACAAAAGUCCCCAACGGUCCGAAGAACCAACUGAAAAAUCAACUGAGAAACUAACUGAAAGAUCGACUGAAAAAUCAACUGAAAAAACAGCUGAAAAGUCACUUGUUACUGGAUCUUUGUUGUGUCCCACAAAGAUAGCAGAAGAAAUCCAAGGUGAAGGCGGUACAGAGAGAUUGCAAGUAGACCAAAACAGAUCAGCCGGCAGCAAGCAGAGCAGUACAGACAGCGAAUCAGAAGAAUCUGAGAGCGGCGAGGAAACAGAGGAGCUGGUUACUGUAAAGCCGUUGUCUGAGAAAGAUGUGAAUGAGAUUAGUGCAAAGAUACUUCGGGCAGAACUGAUGGGAAAUGAGGACCUUGUUGAACAGUUGAAGGCGAGGCUUGCAGCUGGCAGAGUAACAACUUCACGCGAGGCUGGUUCAAAAGAGGAGCCUUCGAAACCUAGAGAAGAAGAUGAGGUGAUUCUGACCAGGGCUGACAAGCAUGGGAAUAUCUAUCCUCUUAAAAUAAGCGGAGAGGAACCAAGCCCGAGGAAAAAACGCAGAAAAACUAAGAAGAUCGAAACCCACGAUGCCAAGGGGAACAGAGUGCGGUAUUUCCAAGAGGACGAUGGGACGGAUCUGAAGUCUAUGGUUGAGGAAGAACGACUUACAACAGCGGAAGAUCAUCAAAACGCCGUGUUUGCACGCUUAUCAAGAAAGGCUGGGAAUCCGAUGGGCGACUAUUACACACUCGAUGAUAUGUUCGAGACGUCAUCUGCCACCAAAGAAUCACAGGGAGACAAAGAUGAAAGGUCCAAGAAAAGGGCCAUCGCAGAACAUCAAAGAUCAAUGGUUCAGCAAGCGAGCUGCAGGUUUUGUUUUGACAAUCCUGAUGUUGCCAAGCAUCUUAUUAUCAGCAUAGGAAGCCAUGUAUAUCUCGCACUUCCCAUUACGUCAUCACUCACCGAAGGGCAUUGCCUAAUCAUUCCGAUGCAGCACAUAUUGGCAUCGACGUACUUAGAUGAGGAUGUAAUGCAGGAAAUCACCAUCUUCAAGAAGUCAGUCGUAAAGAUGUUUGCAGAAAGGGAGGAAGACGUUGUUUUUCUGGAGACGGUGAAGAACUUCAAACGCCAGCAUCACAUGGUCAUUGAAUGUAUUCCUGUCCCAAAAGAAGUUGGUGACCUAGCUCCGAUUUAUUUCAAGAAAGCCAUUGAAGAAAGCGAGAGUGAAUGGUCACAAAACAAAAAACUGGUUGAAGUUACGAAAAGCAGGGGCAUCAAAGGGGCUAUACCAAAGGGGCUUCCUUACUUCUCCGUUGAGUUUGGAAACGACGGUGGCUUUGCGCAUGUUAUUGAGGAAGAAGCAACAUUUCAGCAUUACUUUGGAAAGGAAAUUAUUGGAAACGUUCUGGAUCUGGAGCCAGUCCGAUGGAGAAAGCCGCACAAGGAGAGCUUUCAACAACACAAGAGGAAGGUUCUUCAGUUUUCUGAACUUUGGGAACCAUUCGAUUGGACAAGAGAUCUAUCAUAAUCGUGAAUUAACUUAGAUCUGUAAAUAUUUUUGUUGCUUGGUUUUGCCUGGUAAUAUAAAUUAGUAUAUCGAAUCUCGUUUAUAACACAGAAAACUUUUUCUCAUCAACUUGUUUUGAUUGAUGAUUCAGAAUAGUCAAUUUAUUCCAUAUCCCCGUGAGUACGAUAGCAAAUUUAUUCCUAAUGUCCGUGACUACGAUAGAGCUUCCAGGGUCUAGUUUUACUAAACGAGCUAUUCGUUGUUGUUUGUCAUCGGUGAAGUGUCAAAAAUGUAUGCAUAUUCUGCUUUAUAACAGGUGGGUCUUUUUGAUUUGUUAAAACGUCUUUUACCGGAUUUACCGGGGGCUGUAGAGAUGCGGUGCCGUCUCAAUAUUUUUGUGUCUUUCGGUAAAUUUCGCUUUGAUUCGGUAAAAAAAACAUUUUUCUAAGCCAGUAGUAAUAAAAUUGUGCAAAAAAAUAUUUUCUGAUCUUUUUAUCUUCAAUUUAAAAACUGAAUUUCAAAAAAAUGGGUGUUUCCAUCACUUUCCAGGCACCUGAAAGGUUUGACACUAUAGUGCUAUCAUAAUUAUCAUAAUCUAGCAUCCAGAAUCCUUGCUGCUAGUCCCGGCCCAUAUUGUCUGGAUACAGCAACGGGUUGGAUCAGAUUUCUCUUCUUGCUGCAACAAACAUGGCCGACCUUGCAGACAACGUUCCGUCUUUUUGUUGCGAAUUUUGCAAUAAAAUUUAUGAAAGGGAGACUCGACGUACUUGUUAAACUUUGAAUAUGGGCAAAAAUAAUUCCGGUUUCAUCAAAUGAACAUUGUUGAGUCUCAAACGCGAAAAAAACUAUUCAACAUGGUUUAAAAUAAAAUAAAAAGUAACAACACAACGCUGACAACAAACGUGAACUUUCUUAGUUCAAUGUGAAAAAAUGAUGAAACUUUGCUAACAGAAGCAAGAAUUGAAUACUUAUUGACAUGCAGCCAUGCGAUAAAGGAUCAGUGCUUUUAUGAUUUGCUGGCAGCGCAUAUAUUCGGUUAUUUACCGCAGACAUUGGGUGUUAAACUUUUGAAAACGACGAAAAUAUAUCAAGAGUUUAAACUGUACUGAAUAUUUGUAGUUUAAGUUGUUUAUAAGCUUAAUAUUUUUAUCAAUCCAGGUAAAACUGCAUGGCAAAGGUUUGAAACAGAAAAAUCUUAGUAAAAUGCAAGUUAGUAAUUCCAUUCAUGGGUGUAUUAGAAAAACCUGGAGAAACCAUUAAUCUGUUUUGACAAUACAGUUUUCAUUUCCAUGCAAUGCUCCACAUAUCGACUGACAGGCUGAUAGGAGAGGUCAGUGACAGGACGUUUUACAAUAACAAUCAAAUCGUGACGGAGACCAGACAAGAAAAACCCAACAAGAAAAACCCAAC